AUGCAUCUUCAAGGACAAGGUCUCUCUAAUGUUAUUACAAAUGUUGGAAGCUCUGAUGAGAAGGAUAAAACAAAUGCACUGAUUUUUAUCCGUCGUCAUUUGCAUGAGAGUCUGCAAACUCAGUAUUUAUCCGUUCCAGACCCUCAGAUCCUCUGGAAGAGUUUGAAGGAUAGGUAUGAUCAUACCAAGACUGUCAUUCUUCCUCAAGCACAGUAUGAUUGGCAGUAUCUCAGACUGCAAGACUUUAAAUCAGUGUAUGAUUAUAAUCCUGCUUUAUUUGAAAUUGUUUCUCGACUUAAGUUAUGCGGUAUAAUGCUCAAUGAUGUAGAACUACUAGAUAAAACUUUCCCCACCUUUCAUGCUUCUAAUAUAGUAUUGCAACAGCAAUACGACAAUGCCAAUUUGUCACAUAUUCUGAGUUGA